AUCACAGAAGAGUGAUCUGAGAGAAGCAAGAGCAGACGCUGUGAGCACGGGGAAUAACAGAAGAACACGGGACAUGCACCGCGAACAGACACGAAUCACGAGCCGUGCGUUUGUGGAUAUAAUAUUUAAAGUGAGAUCGCAGUUUCUGGUCUCGUCUGCAGAGCUGCACAGACAACAGUGACAGACAGAAAUAACUACCAGAGUCUCUGCACCAACGAGUGAAGUUGGCUGUUUACCCUGUGGGAGGUGUCUGUUCUCCGGUGUGUUCGCAGCGCACACUGCGGCGCAGCUCCUGCCCGCUUUUGGAUAAGAUUGUGGGUAACUUUCUCCUUUAUGUAAAUAGAUUUUGAGCUUUUGGAAAACCAACUGUGGCUUCAAUGUGACGCACUAUACCGACGUCUGCGCUGCUUUACGAAACGGACCUCUGCAGAGGAACGAAAGAAGAUUUAAACACGUUUCAUCUCCAGUUUGUCUUCAGUAACAGUGGAGCUAACGCAAAUGUGAAAGAGACUGCACUUCCUGAGCUGCCCGUGGCUGGGCCCGGCUGGGCCUAGCACCAAGCCCUCUGCAUAGCCCAUCACUGAGAACACUUGGAUUACCAUAUUGGGUCUACUCAGCUUUGGUCUUUCUAUGUUGUGGUGGUUGUUCUCGAUGUUGGUAGCAGGAUGGGGGGUGAUGGCUUGGGUGCUGAUUUGACUAUUGUCACCACAUUGCAGCGCUUGCACCUCGUCUCCUUUGGGAAUAUUUCAUCGUCUCAUCCUCUCCUUGCCUCCAAAACACAGUCCCUUCCCGUCCACUGGGGCUCCCCUCUGCCCUUUUCUAAAAGCAUUUAGAGAAAUUCUGAUUUCUUACUGAAGCCGCUUACAAACCGACUGCAGCAUUAGGAGGAUCACUAUUUGAAGCUUAUAUAUUUUGAUUGCCAUUCCUUUUUUUCACUACUGUUGAUAUUUUAUUAUUUAUCAUUGGAAAAAUGUCUGAAAGCAACAAAAAACCUGUGAAGCCAAGCCCCUCAGCCCUCCUGACCCCUUCUUCCUCCCCAUGCUCCUCAUCGCAAAGCCUUCCCAAAAACGUGAACGGAUCACCUGGGUCUGAUUUGCCUUGGGGUGGUAGUGCACACCUGGAGGUCCAGCGAAGACGGCACACGAUGGAUCGCGAUUCAAGGACUGCUGAACAUCGUUUUUUUAGGCGCAGUGUCAUUUGUGAUUCCAAUGCCACUGCACUAGACCUGCCCAGUAAAGCCGCUGUAAUCAUUACUUCACCUCCAGACUGCGGAGGAGUACCCACUUUCUUCCCCCUUCACACCCCAGGAAUGGUAGCAGGUUUACGAGAUUGCAACGCAAGAGCUCCAUACUUACAGUCUAGUCUAGCUUCCAGUCUAGAGCCGUGUCUUGGUGAAGUGUUGGUGGAGGAAACCAAUCAAAGUACAGAGGCAGAUUUAGAUACAAGUGUUAAAACACAAGUCGAUUCUCAAAUUACAAGUGAAAGUAAUGCAGAUAUUGUAGUAGAGUCAAUCCCGACAGUAUUGGACGUUUCGGACAAAGCAAAGCAAGCAAGUGUACAACCUGAAUUUGCUAUUGGGUCUGAGAAAAGCGAGUUAGUAGAAGAAGAUGCAAAAGUGGCAGAUCGGUCAAAUGAAUGUAGCAUGUGUAGCCUCGCAGAAGAGAAAGAGAGGGAAACAAAGGAGAGGGCGGAGCAAAGGGAGGCGAUAAAGCGGGUCCAAGAUGAUGUCGAGGAGGCAGAGACCAAAGCUGUGGGUACAUCACCGGAUGGACGAUUCUUGAAAUUCGAUAUCGAGAUUGGGCGAGGGUCCUUUAAGACGGUGUACAAGGGGCUGGAUACGGAGACAACGGUGGAGGUUGCCUGGUGUGAGUUACAGGACCGUAAGCUGUCAAAGUCCGAGCGUCAGCGCUUCAAAGAGGAGGCAGGCAUGUUGAAGGGGCUGCAGCAUCCUAACAUUGUGCGAUUCUACGACUCCUGGGAGGGCCCCUGCAAGGGGAAGAAAUGCAUUGUUCUUGUGACGGAGCUCAUGACAUCAGGGACCCUCAAAACGUACCUGAAGCGUUUUAAAGUGAUGAAAAUCAAAGUGCUUCGCUCGUGGUGCAGACAGAUCCUCAAAGGGCUGCAUUUCCUCCAUACCAGAGCUCCGCCCAUCAUCCAUCGAGACUUAAAGUGUGACAACAUCUUCAUCACCGGCCCCACUGGAUCGGUCAAGAUUGGGGAUUUGGGUCUGGCCACACUCAAGAGGGCUUCCUUUGCCAAGAGUGUCAUAGGCACUCCAGAGUUCAUGGCUCCAGAGAUGUACGAGGAGAAGUAUGAUGAGUCUGUGGAUGUGUACGCAUUUGGGAUGUGCAUGUUGGAGAUGGCCACUUCGGAAUAUCCCUACUCCGAAUGCCAGAACGCAGCACAGAUCUACAAACGCGUCACCAGUGGAGUGAAGCCUGCCAGUUUCGACAAGGUUGCCAUCCCAGAAGUGAAGGAAAUCAUUGAGGGCUGCAUUAGGACAAACAAAGAUGAGAGGUAUGCCAUAAAGAUUCUGCUGAACCAUGCAUUUUUCCAGGAGGAAACCGGAGUUAGGGUUGAAUUAGCUGAGGAGGACGAUGGGGAAAUGACUGCAAUAAAACUUUGGCUGAGAAUAGAGGACGCUAAAAAGCUUAAAGGAAAAUACAAAGAUAAUGAAGCCAUUGAGUUUUUGUUUGAUCUCAGCAAAGAUGUCGCAGAAGAUGUGGCCCAAGAAAUGGUUGAGUCUGGAUACGUGGCUGAGGGUGACCAUAAAACAAUGGCCAAAGCGAUCAAAGACCGUGUGUCCCUGAUUCUGAGGAAAAGGGAACAGAGACAGCUGGUGAGAGAGGAGCAGGAGAAGAGGAAACUCCAGGCAGAGCAACAUCAACCACAGACUCCCACCCCAGAGACCUCCAAGUCUGCUUACAACCAGCCCGACACAGAGGACACAGAAGUGGAGCAGCAGCAGAUUUAUUAUCAGCAGUCAAGCAUCUUGCACACAACUGAGAUCGGAGGGGAUAGUGGACAGGGCUCUUCUGUCUUCUCUGACUCUCCUCACGCCGGGCUGCUGACCAUGUCCUACAACCGCCCCCCCUCUGCCCAACCACCCUACUCCUCCACCCCUUCUACUAGCCCCCAACAGCACCCAGAAUACCCCCAGCCCUCUCAGCCAAUGCACACUAUGCCUCACCCAUACAGCGGAGGACCAGCAGGAGGCAAUGUGGGGCUGCCUGACCCCCCCACCAUGUUCUUCCCCCCCAUCCCUGAGCGCCCAGUCUCCUUCUCCCCCCCUCCCACCGGCCCACCCAAAGGAUACAACAACCAGCGCCGCAAGAGCACGUCCAUCCUGGAGGCCCAUACCAGGCACUUCCAGCCCACAUACCCACGCUACGGCAGUAGUCUGCACCCCUUCUCUGGGAUGGAGGGGGUGGAAGCUCCCCCACUCUACAUGGUCAGCCCCAGUUUUGCAGGUGCUGCUCAGAGACUGGGUAUGGGUGACCUCCCAGGACAGUCUGAGGGUCUGUAUGGGAUGAGAGACAUGACAGCAGAGCACGAGGAGGCCGUGAGGAAGCUGAGUCUGAACCGGGCUGCGUUACUGGACCACUACGAGGCCUUAGCGUUUGCAGGAUACCCCCUGAACACUCAGCUCAGCCUGAGCUUUCACCAGCAGAGACAAGUUUCUGCUGCUGCUCCUUCCAGUCUGGGCUAUGACCCUGUGCCUCCACCACCGGGCUUCUUACACGCUCACCUCAUGCAAAGAAUGAGUGCACACAGCCCCAUCCCUCCUCAGAUGUCCUCUAUGGGAGGGUCCACAGGUGGUGCUGUGCCCUCCUCCUCAGAGGUCUGUUAUCCUCCUGCCCCUGUGCCCACAGCAGAUGCCCCCUCCUCCUCUGUCUUUGACUUUCACGGUGCCACAGCGGUCGCAGCAGUAGCAGGAGAACCGGCUUUGUUAGUGUCUCGUUUGUACCGAGGCCGGCGCAGCUCCAUGGACCUGCCUAUAGAGGGCGACAGCGCAGGCUCUGGGGGCUCAGGGUCAUACUGCCGCCUGCAGCCGGUCACAGAGGAGCUGUAUUCUUAUUUGAGCCCUGAGCUCCCUCUGCCCCCGGGCAGCUUGCUCCUACAUCACACAGGGAUAACAGUGAAGGACCAUAGCCCUGACCUGUCCAGUGACUCUCUCCCGUCCUCUGACCCGGGCGAGUUCCAGUCUCCCCCUCCCCAGACGUUUCCUGUGUUUGACCCUUCAUCUGCUCAGUCCAUCCCUUACUCCUCCUUGGCCUCAUACGACACAGCUCCUAUAAUGCCCAUUGACCCCCAGGCACACACCCCCUCCAUGAAGAGCUUUGUCCCUCCCACCCCUGUCCCACCAGAGGCUCGCCCGAGGGGUGCCUCCUGCUCUCAGCUGGAGUCCCUGAUGCAGACCGCCUGGCCCCGACACGGAGGAGUGGUCCCUGCCCCGCCCGAUAUGAGCUACCAUGAAUCUGUGCUGGCCAUGCGGACCGCUAAUACCCCCAUGCAGCAGGUUCAGACCCCAACUCCACAGCAGACUUCAGGACCCCCAACAGGGACAUUCCAACAGGUUACAUCCACACAGUCGAGCAAUGCAUCGAUUCAAAGUCCCACCCACAUACCCCAGUCCCAGCUUUUGGAGUUGUCCCAGUCACAACUUCUGCCACCACAUAUCCAGGCAUCUCUAGAAAGUGGUCACUCGGAGGCAUCUGGGCUCAGUGAUGGUAAUGAUGGAGGAGGUCAUCAUGAAGGUCGUACCACCAAACGCCACCAGAGGCGCUCUGUGCGCAGCAGAUCCCGACAUGAGAAGUUCUCCAAAGCCAAACUCAACGUCCUCAAUAUAUCUAACCGUGGGGACAGAGUAGCAGAGUGUCAGCUGGAGACUCACAACAGGAAGAUGGUCACGUUCAGAUUUGACCUGGACGGCGACAAUCCAGAGGAGAUUGCACAGAUCAUGGUGGAAAGUGAGUUUAUCCUAGAGACUGAGAGAGAUUCAUUUAUAGAGCAGAUCAGAGAUGUGAUCCAGAACGCCGACAAAAAAGGAUUGAUGGAGCAACAGGUUCCAGCAGUAUCUGAACCAUUACAAGACAGCCCAAGUGCCAGUACUCAAGUGGUCCACUCAGCAGGGAGGAAGUUCAUCGUCAGUCCUGUCCCUGAGGCUAGAUUGAAGGAGCCCCUGUCCACUCCUUCCUCUCCAGCACCUACCACACAUGCUGAAAUAUUUCCUUCAGCAUCAGUGGCCCACUCUCAGGCCUCUGCUCCAGCUUUGGGCCUGUCCCAGUCAGCCGGUGCUUUCAGUCUACAACAGGCCAUCAGUGAACUCAGACAGGCCACUCUUUUGGACACUGGACCUAGCACCACUCCUGCUUCCAUCCACUCUCCUGUACCCCCUUUCCAACCCCUAACUUCCACCACUACCUCAACCACACCUGCCCCAAUACCCACAAGCAAUGACUCCUGUCCUAGCCCUGCUACUGGCUUGAUUUCCCCUGUUAAACAGGAGCUAGAAAUACUUAUCCCAAAUAUUCCUCUACCUUCUGUACCUGGAAUUUGCCUAAGCCCGCCUUGCACCUCUUCUUCAGCUAUCACUUUACUAAGCCAACCAAUUCCCCCACCACUAACUCAGUCAGAAGUCCAAAAUUUACCCCAGAUGCCCUCUCAAAUGUGUGUGCAAACUGCAUCUAACAGUGCAUCAGUAGUAUCAAUUCCUGUUACUACCUUACCACCUGUCAAGGUAACAUCUCCUCCUAUUGUUCAAACUUCCCCUACACCUUCUACAGUACCUAAUGACCUAGGUUUAGACACUACCUCUGAAACUGUUCCUGCAUCAUUGUCAACAGUAGCCCUAAAACCUGGUACACUCACCCCACUUCUGGUUACUACAGCUUCCCCAAUACCCACCUCUUCUAUAGUGCCAGUAACCUCCAGUGUUGCCCCUUUAGUCCAACCCACCCUGGUUCACUCCCAACCGCAAACAGUGGCACUUCCAGGACAAACCCAUGCACACUGCGGGGAGUGUGAAACUAGAAAUGAUAUCCCAAAUGAUGCACAAAGCAAACCAGAUGACAUACAAGCUCUUGAAAAGAAGCUGCGAUCUCUUUUCAUGGAUCUUGGAGGAGGGGUGGUUUCUCCACAGGGUGAUUUGGUUGGGUCCGAUUCUGUUUUCAGUCCAUCUACACCAGGGACCUCCACUCCUCUUGGACCAGGCUUAAUGUCCACCCUACCCAUCACUAUACACAGCUCAGGGCAGGUGACCAACCCCCCCCAGUCUCUGUCCAGUCUGACUUUGGGGCAGAUGGGGGCGACGAUGCCGAGCCAGGGGGGUCCCAGCACACCCAUCAGCAGUACACCAGCUCUACCCGUAAACUCUGCCUUCACUUUUGGCCAAACCACUCCAUCUAAAACUCCAGUAUCCCGAAUGCCGGCCAGCUCUCCUCCUUCAGAACUGCUGCCACCCUUCUCUGGACUCAAUCAGUCACAGCAGCCUUUGGAAGACCUUGAUGCCCAGUUAAGAAGAGCCUUAAGCCCAGAGAUGGUACCCAUCAGCACACAUGCACAAUUGCCACCAAACACUGGAAUUGAACAGCCCAUUCCCUUUUCUUUGGAAGAUGAAUUUCGAGCUUGUCCCUCCCCAUCUCCUGCUCCUGUGCCCACUGGAGAGAUUAGACUUGGACGAUUCAAGGUUUCUCUUGCAUCUGAGCCUGCUGUUCCUUCUCCAGUUUGCAUAGAGUCCUCUUCCUCCACCUCUCCCUCCUCCUCCUCCUCCUCUUCUUCAAAUCUCUCCAGCCCUGAGAACACACUGCGCAAGGCCACUCUGUCCCCGCUCAAACCUUCCAUUGUCCAAUCAGGAGAUACCUGGGACGGACCACCCCAAAGGAUUCUGGGAGGAGGAUCUGGACAAGCAUCACCCUUCACCUCGCCCUGUCCCUCCCCCUGUCCCUCACCGUGUCCUUCCCCCAAACCGACUACCACCAUUGGCCGCUUUCAGGUCACCAUCAGCACAGAAGCUCGCAUUGGCCGCUUUUCAGUCAGCCGUGCCCCAGUUCAGAGCACUGAAGCUGUGAAGAACCACCCUCCACUGCAGUCCCCCUACAUGCAGGCCACCAAUGGACCCACUAGCCCAGUCCAGAUCCUCAGUCAAGGGUCCCCCUAUAAGGUCUCUCUGCCCAAUCUCAACAACUCUUUCAAUAACUCCUUCAACAACUCCUAUCUAAGCAGCGACAAUGACUCGGAGUUUGAGGACGAAGAUUUCCAACGUGAAGUCAACCGCCUCCGAGAAAAGCACAUGGUGGAGAUUCAGGCCCUCCACACCCAACAGAAAAAGGAAAUUGAAGGUCUUUUUGCCCGACUAGGAAAGGUUCCUCCAGCCACAGUUCUGCCUCCUGUAAUGCCACUGUCAGGCAGGAGGAGGCGACCUACAAAAAGUAAAUCCUCAAAAUCAUCAAGAACAAACUCCACACAUGGCAGCAAGAGUCCAUUACCACAAGGAAGCACUUUAUCCACCCAGAGCGCCCCGUCCAUGUACCCCGGUCAGCUGCCUCUUUUAGCUCCAGGAGGGUCAUCCAAUCCUGGGCUCCAGUCUGUGCUGCAGCCCCUGAAAUCAUCUCCCUCCAGUGACAUCCUGUGCUCCGCUUACACCAGCGAUGCCACACUGUCUGUGCCCAGUCUGUGCGCCCCCACUCCAGGCUGUGUAAAGUUCCACUGGGGUUCGGAGCGCGUUGCCUUCAAACCAGGCGGUCGCCGGACCCGUUUUCUCAGUACGCCCUGCUUGGCUCUUUGGAAGAUGGUGAAAAAAGUCUGCCCCUGCAACCAGCUCUGUAGGACCAACAGUACAAACGCAGUGGGGGGUUCGGGGAUCUCAAGUCAGGGUGGAUCUCAGAGUCUUGGCCCAAACUCCACUUCUCACCAGAGGAAAGGCACCUUCACUGACGACCUGCACAAACUCGUCGACAACUGGGCCCGUGACGCCAUGAACUUAUCACAGGGUAAAAAGAGUGCCAAACAGUUGCAGCAGACUCUACCACCGGGACACAGCUAUGAGCUCAUCCAGUCAGCCAGUCUGACCAGAAAGCUCUCUGCUCCCAGUCAGCUAUGUCCCAGUAGCAUCGGAGGCUCAGUCCAACUCCCAAACCCCAGCACCACUACCCCUCUGUCAGCCCGCAAAGCCUCCCUAUCUCACCAUCCAGCCUCCUCCACACCUCCGCUAUCUCAACCACAACCCCCUCAAUUCAUCCACUACAACCCUAUGGCAGCGUACAGUGCACAGUGGAGCGGGCCUACUCAUGUUAUGUCAGUACCACAUCCAGCGCCCCCUCCUGGUGGACUUUUGGUUAGCACAUCGCAGCCUCUAGGUCCAUACUCCUCAACGCAAAAUCAACUACCGGGACAGGCCUCUCUGCAAGCUUUACACUUAAAGAAUGCUCUACACAAGUCUGUGAGCAAUCCUGGAGAACCUAACCUAAGGACCACAUAGAACAAAGAGGCGAGUCUGCUUAAAACAUCUAAAGACAUCUAAAGACAAACUGUGGAGAGAGGAACAUGACAGAAGCUGCCUGAGAAAUUCUGUAUCACUGUAUGUGAACUUUUCUACUGAUUGAUGAUAUUAGAGAUUGGCCAACAAUGCAAAACAACCCACUGAUGUGUAAAUUACUGUUGUAAGGCUUGCUAGGUCAAACUCAAAAUUUAGAUAAUUUUGUUUUCUCUGUAAGGAUAUAUAGAGAUUAGGAUUCAACAUAACAUGUUAGAUUAAUAGUAAAUAACCCAAUGGAGAUUUUAAGAUGGAAACUACUUGUAUUUGCGCUCACUCAAAUGUAUUGGUGGUUUUCAGAUUCUACAAUGUGAUGUCACCUUGUUUGUGAUGAUGUUCAUUAGACCGAAGAAGUCAAUGCAUUAGAACAAAAAUCUUCACAUAUACUAUGUGAAUGCAGUAUAGACAGGUACAUUGAAACUAAUACAUAAAUUGCUUGACUUAACAUUAGUUGGAAUUUGGUUGGUUAUUCACGUCCACUUAACUAGUAAAGAGGUGAAUUGCUAUUUCAUCAUGACAGAAAUUUGAUCAUGAGGAAAAAAAGACAUCCUUGUAUUUGAAGUGUGCAAACAAGGGGCUAAUUGUAGAACAAAAACAAUGCAAUACACUAGUUUAUUGGAUGAUAGUAAGUAAAAGUCAAACUGGUCAAGAUUUGUUCCAUAUCUCCAUUUUGCAGUUUAAGGCAAAAUGGAGUUAUUUAGAAGUGCAUAACAGGCUUCACCAAUAAGCACCCAAACAUGUAAUUUUAGACUUAUCUGGCAACUCAUUUGAACAAUUAUAGGAAUAUUAGUGAUAGAUACAUACCUAGGUUGACAAAAAAAAAUAAAUGAACAAUUUAUGAGGAAUAGAAAAGCAAUCGAAAGACGUAUACAGUUCUGCCUCUCCUCUCUCUCUAUCCCUCCGCAUCACCAUCAUCAUCUGAAGCAAUAAGAGCAAAACCCUUUUACAGUCUUGAGAGCUCAGUGUGAACAAGUGGCCUUUGAUAUAUUAACAUUAGGAUUUUAUCUGUAUUUCCUUUAUGAUUCCUUUUCUGUUGUUUAUUUGUGUUGCUUGCUGCCCUAAACUCCAUACAUAAAGCACAGAUAUUGUAAAUAGACAAACUGAGAAGUAAUGUUCUUGUUUUAAGGUCAUUGAUAAAACUUUAUGUAACAACACUUUAAUUAGCCUUAAUAAAGCAUAAAGAAAGAAAUUAAUUCAUAAUGAACAAAUUGUUUAUUAACAAUGAUUCAGUCUUAGUAAUUACUUAAAAGUGCACUGUGUAACUUUCCUCGUGAAGGGUCCACCACCUGCUUGUCUCCAUGGAGACGUUAUUUCAAUGUUCUACAGUAUGAUAUUAAAUUUGUAUAUCUUGCAUUUAAUGAAUUACAGGGUUUUUUAUGACUCAUAAAACAUGCAUUCUUACUAUGAGUUGAGCCACCUCUCCACGGGACCUGUAUGUAUGGAGACAACCGAGUGACAGGCCUUCCACUUGAAAAGUUACACAGUGUAGCUUUAAUUAGCGUUUAUUACCCUAACUCCUGGCCCUGUAGUUACUAAGCCUGAAUCACUCUUAAUAAACUUAAACAUUAUGAAUUAAGUCUUUGCCCAUGCUUUAUUAAGGCAAAUUAACAUGUAUGUAUUAUAAAGUGGGUCAUAAAGUCAGUCAUUUUUGGGCUAGUUUCAACAUUGUACAUGUUUUACUCACAUCAAGCUUGGUCAGUGUGUGUGUGUUCACUGUGAUUUUGUGCUUUAUUUUUUGAGCAGAUGUUGUGGGAUUAUGCUGAGUUUUUGGGGUGAAUUCUUUCCUUGAAAAAAAACUAGUUUUGGAGUCCUUUCACUUUCCGUUCAGUCACCAUAAUAUGAAAUCUGAUUUAUUUUCAACAAUAGGUUGUGUUCACAAAGUCAUAGCUUUAGAUACAGAAAAGUGGCCUAUAUAACUCUAUGGGCAAGUUUUUGGUUUUGGUUUGGUUUGUUUAAUCUUGUAUCUUAACUUGUUUUAACUUUUAACAAUUGCACCACCACUUUGUUAUAGUAAAACUAUCCCUAGUUAAUUUGCUUCAUGUAGAUAGACCUAGUAAAUACACAGAUAUUAACCAUAACCCAUGUCAAAACAUUUGCAGCAUUUUAUAUCAGCUAAAAUGCAAAUUUUACUACAGAAUUCUUAACUGUCCUCCAGAUGAUUAGAUUUUUUUUUUUUAGUUUUUGUGGUAUCAUGUGAAUGCACCCUAUACCACCUUACAGUGAACCCACAUCAAUGAAAUGCCUUAUCAACAAAACCUAACCCACUGCAUCUGACUGAAAGUUGAAUUGGACCUCAAAAUUGUGUGAAUAAUUGACACAAGUUGAUAUGUAGAUAUUAAAGUAUUGCUAGGUAUUUUCCUUUUAACAGAACUUAUACAACGACACUUUAAACCCUCCUUUGCCUCUGUCCCUGGUAACUUUAGAUAAAUGUGAAUGUAUAAAUCCAUUUCCCAUUUUCAUUGUACUUGAAGAGUUAUUUUUGCAAUUUGUGUGUAUUUUGUAGAUUCUCGGUGCUCACUGGGGUCUAUAGUGCCUUGCCUCCUUCUUGUUGCUUCUUACCUGGUUUAAGGGCCUUUAUGAUUGUGGAAACAGGUUUGAUGUUGAUGUUGUAGUGCUGCAAGUUUAUGGUUAAACUAAAUUAACCUUAAUACAAACAAUAUAUUAGCCCCAUACCAAAAAUUGAUAACAAUUUCAAAUCACUAGCUGCACAGUUACACUUACGGCCAAGCUGCCAAUAUAAAAAAAAAAAAAAAUCAAUGUUUUGUAUAAUGUCAUCUUUUCCAUUUAAUUAUUCAUUUUGCAAAGCAAAUAAUUUGGAUUUUAAGUCAAAGCUCUCCUGUGUAACAUUUCAACCAAUAAAUAGAUCAAAAAGACCUUCAAAACUAGUGCUCUUAGCCCACUAACGAUAAAAUCCGUACUUUAUUAGCAUUAACGUCUAUAUUGUCUGUAUUGGUACACAGUGGCACUUUAAUCCACUUAAAAUAUGUAUGCUUAAUUAUCAUAAAUGGUUUAAAUGGAAGGUGAUGUAUUGUCAUGAAUCCAAAAUAAAAAAAGUUGCCCAUGUACCUUCCAUCAACAGGCCAAAGGAAAAUUUAAAUAUAUAAUAGAUUUUUGUAAAUCAAUUUUUUGUAAAUUUCGGGCUUUAUCUUGAGAUGAGGGAUAAUGUUUAAUAGUUGUCUGAAGAGGGUUGUUUGAGAUUGUAAUUGAAGCUUGGACUACUCUAUUCUAUAUGUACCAUAAAAGGAUAUUGCCAUAGUAGGCAAUAUAUAUGUGGAGUUUGCAUAGAAAGCAAUAUUUAAAUCCAAGUUGUGUUUUAAUAGAAAGUUUACAUGCUUGUGUAUGUCAAUCAAUGAUCAAAAAAUAGUAUUUUAAAAGCCAUAAGGUCUUCAGUUUUAGCCGAAAUUCAAAUGGAUAAAAAAAAUAAAAUCUGUUCAAA